CUUUAUGAAUCUGCACACAAUACAGGAUUGUCUGACGCGGUUGACGACAUCAUCGUCUGUCUGAAGGACCUGUAUGCUACAGAAUAUGCGCAUGUGCGGCCUCUGUCGUGGCGUGAAGACCUCAACCUGGAUCUUUGAGAAGUCUACACCAGCCUGCAGCUCCAGCGAAGGGAUGACAGGGGGCACUUUCAGAACACAGACACUAUCGUAAGUUACAAGGUAAAGGAAGGUGAAGAUGUCAGAAACGUAAGGGUAGAGGGUGACUCUGGUAUAGGGAAGUCGUGCUCUUGUCAGAAACUUGCCCAUGAUUGGUCCAACGGGAAAUUGGACAGAUUUAAGAUUGUUUUCUUUCUUGAAAUGCGACACUUAGCUGGGAAAGUAAACGAAGCAAUAUUUGAGCAGCUCCUACCAAAGGAUACAAAAAUCACCCCAGAAAGGCUCUGGUCAUGCAUCCAAGAGAACCAGGAUGAUGUUCUCUUCAUUCUAGAUGGUCUAGAUGAGCUCAGUCAGGCAGCUAGGGAAGUCACAGAUGUGGUGGACUUGAUUCAGGUUAUAAUUGUCAGGAACUGUCAUGUCCUGGUCACCUCCAGGCCAUACCACUGUGUCAAAGACCUGGAGAAAUGUCACCAGUUCUACAAAAUUGUUGGCUACAAUAAAGAAAAUUCAGAAGAGUUUAUACACAAAUACUUUUUUAAGUCCCAGAGUCUGCUUCUAAACUAGUGGAACAGUUUCAAAGUAACAUCAAUUUGUCAGAAAUAGUAGUUAAUCCUCUCAACAACGUUCUCAUUUGUGUUGUCUGGGAAGAUAGCAACAACGAAUUGCCUUCUAACAAAGCUGAACUUUAUGAAAUGAUUAUGCUUUCGGUUGCUAAGCGAUCCUGUACAAAGAAAAGCCUUCCAUUGGAUGGUGAUCAGCUUCCUCUCAACAUACAAGAAGCGUUACGAGGCCUGGAAAAACUGUCUUGGGAGGGGCUAGAGCAGGAGCAGCUCCAGUUUAACUUAAAUGAGAUCACAAAGAAGUAUGAAGUGAACGCUGAUAACAUGUUAGACAUGGGCCUCCUGACUAGAGAUUACUCUUUCUCCAGAAUCAAACGCACCUGCUACUGUGCCUUUCUGCACAAAACGUUUCAGGAAUACAUGGCCGCUCGCUACAUCGGUGUCCUGGUCACGGAUGGAA